CGAUGACGAGUGUCUUGAAGGAAAACCAGCUCACCGUGGUAGGAAGUGGCAGAAGCACGGACUUCCUCCCAUCUCCCCUCAUGACUGCAUCAAAGAUGCUGUGGCAGCCGAAGUAUUCGAUAACGUCUGGACAAACGUGGUAGAAAUGUUGGAAGAACUGAUUAGAAAACACUGGGAAACUACACCCACAGAAGGAAAAAAGCAGAAGGAAAAACAGGAAGUGGCUGAAAAUAGAUCUCCACGUACACUCAUUUCCCGUGUUCACACUGAUGUAUCAAGUGUUCCCCUGUCCAGAAGUUCUGAGAUUCGCAGCAUUUCCCUGGCUUCUCAUCUUAAUCCACUCCAGGACAUUCAGUUGAAGACUGAGUGGGAGAGGAAUGAACGAGAAGACAAAUCAUUGGGUGUAGGGUCUGGUGCUGUUUCCUCUGCACAGCAUCGACUGGGACGAAUCUCAGAUAAUCGCGGAUUACAGACUCCUGCAAAGAAAACACCAGUAUAUAGGAGGCUGCCUUCUCUUACUUCAGAUUCACAGAGAAUAAAGACCCCCAAUGUGUAUAGUGAUGAAGUUCUUAGGGGAACAAAACUGCAAACUGGAAUAGACCACAUGUCUCCUCCACCAGUUCAAACCUCACGGAGCAGGCUACCCCCAAUAGGCUCAGAGACCAGGGAGCAAAACUCUGCAGUUCCUGGAUCCCGCCCUGUUUCUUACAGAGGAAGACAUCCACAAAACCGCGUGUUAAGUGCAGUGCCUGACAGUAUAGAAAGGUCGCCUCUUCAAGAAAGAACUGUUACCCUGGAACAGUUGUCAAGGCCCAGCACAACCCAUACAUUCCAGUCGGAUACGCCUCGAAAAGGCUCAUUGGUGCCAAUGGAAUUUACUGGUCAUACGUGGACAGGUCAAAGUAUUUUGACAGGUUCACAAUAUCUGCCGAAAUCUUUUCAGAGGACAACUUCGACUUCAAGAAAGAGAUUCCAAGUGGCGUCUUGAUAUUACUUCACCGAACUA